GACAUGUCGCACGCCUUUUUUAAUCAAAAUUUUUGUUUUAGAAACUUAUGAACUUAUUUAUUGUCAAAAUUUAUGUAGAAUGGUUCCAGUUAAGUGUCCAUCGAUGCAAACCGGAUGGAAAUGCAUAAAAAAUAGUAGCAGGUGCAAAGUAAAUACAGCACCUUGCAAUGGCAAACCCUUUCUGAUAUUCGUGACACACUUCCGCAAGAAUCAGAAGGUAAGGGAUUACCAUCUAUCUGAUUCACAAUGUCUGAGGAUCGCGGGUAAGGUGUGGAAUCGUAUGUCAGUCGCAGAAAAACAGCCCUAUGUCAAUGAAUCGCGCAAUUUUAACUAUGUUUUUAAGUCGAGGAACAAAAAAGUCAAUUGGGUUAUAAAGAAACUGCGUCAGGUCGUGGCCGAUGGACAACUGCAUCUGCGCCGUCUUUGGGAGCUGGCCGCGAAAAUGGCAGCUUGGAAUAGGUGUGUCAUGGACAAGAUUCAAGCUCAAGAGGACGAGAUGAAAGAGGACUGAGGCGAUGAUAAAAUUAAAUUAUGUUUCUUUGUGUAUAGUGCUUAAAUGGAUAUGAUCUCAGUUAAAUAAAAUAAAUUAUAUGUUUCACACGGGCUGCUGGUAA